CACAAGAUCUUGCACUAAGAAUGCUUGGUUUGGGCUGCUAUUGACGCCUUCACCAUCCAGACCUCCAAUGGAAACAAACCAGAUUUCUCACGAAGGCAAAGGCGACAAGCAUUUGAUCCUUAUAGUGUAUUUUACGAAGAAAUUCACAACCCUGUCUAUUUCCUUGUGGCAAAAUGCAUUGAAGGUGGGAAGAGAAGAUACCAGACGAGUUGUUCAUGCUGUAAAGGUAGGAGUAGCUUUAACAUCGGUUUCCUUCUUAUAUCUCUUGGAGCCAUUAUUUGAAGGAGUUGGAGAGAAUGCAAUGUGGGCUGUCAUAACUGUUGUUGUGGUGCUCGAAUUUACUGCUGGUGCAACACUGUGCAAGGGAUUGAAUAGAGGAUUUGGGACAUUGUGUGCUGCAUCACUGGCAUUCUUGAUUGAAUUUAUGGCAGAAAAAUCAGGCAGAAUUUUUCGUGCAGUUUUUAUAGGAAUAUCAGUCUUUUUAAUAGGAUUUCUGGCCACAUACUUGAGAUUUAUCCCAUACAUAAAGAAGAACUAUGACUAUGGAGUGGUAAUUUUCCUGCUAACCUUCAAUCUGAUAACGGUGUCAAGUUUCCGUAUACACAAUGUAUUACAUUUGGCACGAGACCGUCUAUACACCAUUGCCAUCGGCUGUGGCCUCUGCCUUCUCAUGAGCCUCUUGAUUUUGCCAAAUUGGUCCGGUGAAGAUCUCCACCGCUUUACAGUGUAUAAGCUUGAAGGGUUGGCAAGAUCAAUUGAAGCUUGUGUGAGCGAGUAUUUCCAAGAAGAAGCCAAGGACAACAAAAUUAUCGAGGAAAACUCGUUCAAGGGCUACAGAGCAGUCCUGGACUCCAAAUCUACUGAUGAGACCCUUGCAACAUUUGCAAGCUGGGAGCCUAGGAGGCACUCAAGGCACUGUUACAGGUACCCAUGGCAACAAUAUGUGAAGCUUGGUGCUGUUCUUAGACAUUUCGGGUAUACAGCUGUAGCUCUUCAUGGAUGUUUGGAAUCUGAAAUUCAGACUCCACGAUCAGUAAGAUCUCUAUUUCGACACCCAUGCAUGCAAGUAGCUGGUGAAGUGUCCAAGGUUCUUGCAGAACUUGCUAGCAGCAUAAGGAACCGCAGACAUUGCUCUCCUGAUGUGCUCUCCAAACAUCUUCAUGAGGCUUUGCAAGACCUUAAUUCUGCCAUUAAAUCCCAACCACGCCUGUUCCUAGGCUCCAAUAAUGCCUCUGCAAACACCAACAUGCUAGUGGACUGCAGACCUGAUAAGUUUGCAUCAUCUGAGGUUGCCUUACCAUCAGUCAAAACUGAUAUCUCAUCAAUAUUAGAAAGGCGGAGCAAAAGGGUAGCAGACAAGUCAACAGAGUCAGCUGAGAGGAAGGUCUUGAGGCCAACAUUGAGUCAGAUAAUGAUCACCAGCCUUGAGUUCUCAGAGGCGCUCCCAUUUGCAGCAUUUGCUUCAUUGCUAGUGGAGAUGGUAGCAAGGCUAGAGCUUGUUAUUGAGGAGGUGGAAGAAUUGGGAAGGGCUGCAAAUUUCAAGGAGUUCUCUGGGGAAGAUGACAUUGCAAUUGAGCUGAGCUGCAAAGAUAAGUGUAAUGAGAGCGAUAGAGAUAUGCAGAUGCAUGUAGCAUCCCAAUCAGCAGAGUCAUAGGAAGACUAGUCUUGAUUGCAUUGUAGUUAAUGUCUUAUGCUGGAAAAGAAGAUGCUAUAAUUCAGAUGA